GUGAGGCGCGCUGCGCGUCCCCGACGCUUCCAAGCCGUGGACCGGGAUUAAUCCCGAAUUUCUCCGCCCGCUCCGCGGUAAAUCACGCUGCUUGAAAGAUUCCCGUGAGGGUGUUGCGCCUCCCUUCAGCGCUUGAGUCUUCCCCUCACGGCUGUGGGAAGGGGGGCGGGGGGGGGUGUGUGGCGAACAAGGCCGCGCGUUUUUUGUUCUUGGCUUUUUUUUUUCCCCCUCAUGGCUUCCGUAGUCGUGUGGCGCCGCGGGGCCGCAUGGCUGAGGAGCUACAGCGGGAACCGGGAUGGGCCGGGAGUGCCCCGGGGUAGGGGUUGUGCCGGCUGCCGGGAGGUGGUGCCGACCUGCGAGCGCUACGCGGUGCGGAGGCUGCCAUUCGGCCGGCUGGAGGAUGGAGACGUGGCCUUCUUCGAGCGCCUCAUGCCCGGCAGGGUCGUCACAGGCCAGGAGGAGGUGAAGCCGUUUAAUGUGGACUGGCUGAAGUCGGUGCGAGGCUGCAGCCAGCUGGUGUUGAAGCCACAGACGACGGCAGAGGUGUCUCAGGUUCUCAGGUACUGCCAUGAGAAGAACUUGGCAGUGACCCCUCAGGGGGGGAACACGGGCCUUGUUGGAGGCAGCGUUCCUGUCUUUGACGAGAUCAUUCUCUCCACUGCUCUCAUGAACCAGAUCAUCAGCUUUGACAGGGUGUCUGGAAUCCUAGUGUGCCAAGCAGGCUGUGUGUUGGAGAGGCUCAAUGAGUACUUGGAGGAGCAGGGGUUUAUCAUGCCACUGGACCUGGGAGCCAAAGGCAGUUGUCACAUUGGGGGGAACGUGGCCACCAAUGCCGGAGGCUUGCGGCUCCUGAGAUACGGCUCUCUGCGAGGGACGGUGCUGGGCCUGGAAGUGGUGCUGGCUGAUGGCUCAGCUCUGGACUGUCUGACCUCUCUGCGCAAAGAUAACACGGGCUAUGACCUGAAGCAGCUCUUCAUCGGAUCCGAGGGGACCUUGGGAUUUAUCACUGCUGUCUCCAUACUCUGUCCUCAGAAGCCUAAGGCUGUGAAUGUGGCAUUCCUAGGAUGUCAGAGUUUUGCCAAGGUUCUGGAAACAUUCACAACCUGCAGAGCCAUGCUGGGCGAGAUCCUGUCUGCCUACGAGUUCAUGGAUGAGAAGUGCAUGCAAUUGGUUGAGAGACAUCUCAAGCUGUCCAGCCCAGUGGCAGACAGCCCUUUUUAUGUUUUAAUUGAAACCUCGGGCUCCAACUCAACUCACGAUGAAGAAAAAUUGAACAACUUCCUAGAACAGGCCAUGGCUUCUGGUUUGGUCACUGAUGGAACUGUGGCAACGGACGAUAAGAAAAUAAAGGUGCUGUGGAGCCUGCGGGAGAGAAUCACCGAGGCCCUCACUCACGAGGGUUAUGUGUACAAGUAUGACAUCUCUCUGCCUGUGGGAAAGCUCUACGACCUCGUGACUGAUGUGAGAGCUCGGCUGGGCCACAGUGCCAAAAAUGUGGUGGGCUACGGCCACUUGGGAGAUGGGAACUUGCACUUGAACAUCACGGCGGAGUCCUACAGCCAUUCCCUGCUGGAUGCCAUCGAGCCCUUUGUGUAUGAGUGGACUGCGAGAUGCAGUGGGAGCAUCAGUGCAGAGCACGGCCUUGGCUUCAAGAAGAAGCAGUUCAUUCAGUACAGCAAACCACACGAGGCAGUGGUGCUCAUGCAGCAGUUCAAAGCCAUGCUGGACCCCAAAGGGAUCCUCAACCCCUACAAGAUGCUGCCCUCAGCUCCUGAGAGGAGCAUGUGCUGAGGAUCCAGCAGAGCAGGGCAGCUCCAGCGCCACACCUGUACUUGAGCCAUAAACACACUGGAUGGACAGCAAGCACAUGGAGUGCUCUGUGUUUGAUUUUGUUAGUGGGAUGGAACAAGUAAAGGAAUAUGGUUGCUCUU